AUUCAAAAUUCUUGUCCGUUUGGAGAUGCUGAAGUACUCGCAUGUAAUUCAAAGCGUUUGCUUCAUAACAUUUCCAUUACUUUCGCUCUCACAUCCGAUUAACAACGUGUGCAAAUCGUACUUGGAUUAUCCCACCAGAGAAUGGAACAAGAACUGCCAUUACGAUCCUCUAAUUUCAGCGACGAUUCCAGAGCUAAUAGUUGGUUAUGUAUAUGAUUACGAAGAUUUCACUGUAAUCACCGAAGAUGGAUACGUUUUGGGCUUAUACCGUUUGGUGAUGAAUACUUCGGAUUCGGCUAAAGCUGGAGUUUUGUUGAUGCAUGGGGCUACAGUCUCUGGAUCAAUUUGGGUGGAUAGACCGAAAGAACGUUGUUUGGCUUUCAGAUUAUGCGAUAGGAAUUUUGAUGUUUGGAUCGCGAAUUUUCGCGGAACGAUUUACUCGAACAAACACAUUCAUUUCGCUGGAAACAGUUCGGAAUAUUGGAAUUACUCAUUUCACGAGAUUGGUAUUUACGAUAUACCAGCAAUUUUGGAGACGAUUUACGAAAGGAACGGUGGUAAAAAGGUCUUUCUGAUAGGCAUUUCGAUGGGAGGAACUGCAGCAACUAUCUACGCUUCAUUGAAACCAAAGCAUUGUGAAAAGCACGUGAAAGCUAUCAUCUCUAUGUCCGGUUCCAUUUUCUUCACUGGAAUUACGUCAAUAUACAAGCAUAUAUCGCCGCACGUCUACGAUCUAUACAAAUUUGGGGAAUCGAUUGGAUUCCGGAACUUUGCACCGAGUAUAAUAACGAGAUUCACGCUGCUCAGAGAUUUCCUCACAAACUUUCCACCUGCUAGAAUACUGAUGCAGGUAUUCCUCUUCUCCACUUUCGGCUACGACUCCACAGGAAUCCAUGAGGGCUUUUAUCCAAGCAUCUUAGGACAUGUACCUGCUGGAAUUUCGCUGAAAACCAUCCUGCACUACGCGCAGCUCGUCACCAAAGAAGAUAAAUUCGACUUCUUCGAUAACGGACCUAGUGAAAACCUGAAGAUCUACGGUGUCCGCGACACUCCCGCUUAUCCACUAGAGAACAUAAACACAUUCUUCUACAUCCUAGCUGGUGGAAACGAUACGCUUGUUACACCUAAAGGCUGCAGAAAAUUUUACGAUCUUCUUGCCGAAGACAAGAGGAAAAUGGACAUUAUCGAAGGUUACAACCAUAUACACUGGUUGUAUGGUGAAGACCUCGAUAAGGGCUUCAUUCCUACCAUAGACUUUAUGGAAAAUAAUCUCAAUUUGUGACGCUUCUCCAAUUAUAUUAAUUAAAAAAUCUAUUAAUUAAAAAAAAAAGACAAUUAAUUCAUAUAAA